AUGGAUGUUUCAGUGAGAAUCCAAUCCUCAAUUUCAAUAAAACUGAUUAUAUUUCACCUAAUUUUAGAUUAUUGGUCAUUUCUUCCUUCAUUUUCGUCCUUCCUGCAGGAAAGAUUCUACUUUGAUGAUAAUGUGUUACCAAGUUUUCAGAGUGGGAUUCCUUUGCUUAAAAGUAGGCUUCAACAGCUCCCUAAUUCUGAAAAUAUAUCAAUUGUUUUCUAGAUGACGUGCUUGGAAAAUGUUUCAUAAGCAAUUGCAACAUUUCCUUGUGAUUAUUCGUGUCCUUUGAUAGUGAAGGAAGUAAAGAACAAAGCUCCAUUGGAAGUUAUUAUUUAAAGAUGAUAUGGACAAAUGGAUUAUUCGAGUUUAUCAAGGAAAAGAAGGACCCCAAUUUGUUCUUAUCUUAAUGUACUCUCUCUUUUUUCAAUUGUAGUAACUUUUUAUGGUUUUCUUUUUCUGUAAUAGGCAAUUGCAAGAUCCAUGUCUCAAGUUAUGGAUGAACAUGUCUAUUCUGUCAGUUGGUAUUUGUCUAUUCUGUCAGAAUGUCUGUUAUAAAUGAUUCUUAAAGAAGAUCAAGUGACGUGGAAAUUUUCUAUUAUGGUUGGAAUAAAAUGAGCUUGCAAAAAUAAUUUUUCUAAAGUGUAUUUUGGAUUCGAAAAGAAGAUCAAACGCAUUUUGGAUUCUGGAAUAGGAUCAAGUGUAUUCUGGAUUCCGAUAGAAGAUGAAGUCGUUACAAGAAGGAGAUGAUGAUUCUUACAACAACUUCAAGAAUGUUCUGGUGAUAAUCAACAAUUUUAGAAUAAAUGUAAUUUAUAUUCAUAGUUGUAUUCGUUAAAAAUAAAUG